CAUUGUAAAAAUAUGACAGCUGCAGGAGAUCCAAAAUUUUUCUUUGGGGAAGGCGAAUUCACACUGCCAAACGGUGACAAAUACGUCGGCAGCUACGGUGCCCACAGAAAUGGUACCGUUUGGAGAGAAGGGCAUGGCACGUACACAUCAGAAGACAAUCAGGUGUACGAGGGUGAAUGGGUGGACGACAAGCUUGUGGACGAAGGUACAGCCGCGAUAAGUUUUCCAACGGGUGUCAAAUUUCGUGGCGUCAUCACCAAGGAUAAGUACUCUGGACCGGGAAUCUACUCAUUCGACAACCUGAUGGAAAUCAGCUGCGCUUUUAUGGAUAAUAAACCUACUGGGCGGAUUACCUUAUUUGAUCUCGAGGGGAAAAUGUGGACAGGAAUUGCUCAGGAGGAUCACGCCGUUCUCUUGCGCGAAAACGUGUUCUUCGUCAACAUAAACGAAACCGAAGGAAUGGGUAAGUUGAAAAGUAGCCACGAGGAUAAAGAAUUUGAACGGAGGAAAGCGCAAAUGAGAGCGUCUGGCACGGCCUCUGAAAGAAAAAGUGAUGUAUUCGCGAAAAGCACAAAAACACGUUACGAUAUCGAUUUCAAGGAAUCGAAAUGGUACCAGAGAUACUUGCGAUACCAGACAAUGGUAGAAGCGAUUGCAUCAAAAUCGAGACAGAACUUAGAGUUGACCGCAGAAGAAGCAAAGUGGCAGGCGAAGGCCCGACAAAGUAGACACGAAAUAAAGCAAAAGUUUAUCAAUAAAAGGAAGGAGGAAGAACUAAAAACAAUAACUCAUGAUAAGUGUUUGGAAACGUUAUACAGAACACCAAACAGCCAGAUAUGUCCUGCUGUGCGUGUUUUUCGGCCAUCUGUAGACACUGGCUAAGCUUGUGUAGCAAAAUAAAACUCCGAUCCCAUUUUUA